UUCUUCGAUCGGUCUCUGGAAUGGUAAAACCCCCAAAGCCGGACUGUCCGCGUCCCCCGCAAAAAGGCACACAAUCAUCACUGGGAACCCCGAGUUAGGGGUCGGCGACUGAAGUGCACGUUGCACAAGGUGAACCAGGCAGAGCACCAAGAAAUGGAUGCUAUCCAGAUGAAGAAAAUGCAAUUUCAUUGUACCGGAAAGAGGAUUUGUCUCAAUCGUACUCGGUCAAUCGCAACCUUUCUCGGAGAAAGAUGCGGAGUUUCGCAGAUGAACAUCACCUGUAUCUCAAUUCCUGAGAUCCAGUGGCGGAGACAUCGAAAGUGUGAUCUUCGUCGGCCAUAUGAAAUCACACCAGCUCAUCCCACCAAGCCUGUCGGUGCUUCCUGCGUGGUCGUUUAUGGUUGCGUGACCGUUCUAGGUUUGCCAUUUCCGAGCUCGAGGGUCAACCGCUGUAACGUCCUGGAAUGCCGUCAAAAUAAUGCGGUGUUUGAAUCCGAUAAAAUCACUGUUAAAGCAAAACGCCUUCCAGCGUUGAUUGACUCGUUCUCGUUCUUCGUCAGCUCUUCCAUGCGAGAGAAAUAUCCAUAUGCUUCUUGGUUGUAGGGGAGUCAAGAAAGCUUUCCGACCGCUGUCAGAAGCACACAUAGACUCUCGAUUUUUUCUUCGGGCCGCGGGAUCAUCAACGUUAUACAGAAGUUUCUAACCUGAUGCACUCGUGUAUGAUGCGAGCCGUCAGCAUUCGCGACUUGAGGAGUUCCCCAAGAGACCGGGUCCU